GGCAGACCCAGGGUUCCUCCCUCAGCCGCACGCUUCUUGUUGCCUAAGAAUUUCCUCUCGACCCAAUCCUCUCGCCGACGCCGUAGCAACCUUUGAGAGAACGAGAUCUGCAAACCCGUUCUGAGGGAGAGGAAAUUUGAGGAGGGGGUUCAAAGGGGGAGUUCGAGAGAUCGGAAUCAGAUCAAGCGGGCGCGCUCGGGAUUUGGGGGAACCAAACAAUUUUUCCCAGGAACUUAAGUGAAUGUACUAAUGGAAUCAAAGGGUGGCAAAAAGUCUAGCAGUAGUAGUUCCCUGAUGUACGAAGCUCCCCUCGGUUACAGCAUUGAGGACGUUCGACCAGCUGGAGGUGCCAAGAAGUUUUCUGCUGCGUACUCGAACUGCGCGAAGAAGCCAUCCUGAUAUCGCUUUUGGCUUCCCCUUCCCGUAGUUUAGGAUUUCUCUGCAAUUUUAUUCUGACUCUUUUCUUCCACCAAUCUCUCUGGCUAGCUGCUUCGCUAUAAUCAACCUGUUCUGUGGUCUUGCUUCUUGCCCUCCUCUCUGCUCCUUCUCCGGUGCUGUUUUCUGACUCAAUUGCUCCAAUGGCUGUCCUCUCUGUUGACCCCGCCCCGGUAUCGGCGAUCGGGUUUGAGGGCUAUGAGAAGCGCCUUGAGAUCACCUUCUCCGAGGCUUCUGUCUUUGCUGACCCGCAUGGUCGUGGCUUGCGCGCUCUCUCCAGGGCCCAGAUUGACUCUGUUCUGGAUCUUGCACGGUGCACCAUUGUGUCCGAGCUCUCCAACAAGGACUUUGACUCCUAUGUUCUAUCUGAGUCGAGCCUGUUUAUCUACUCUCAGAAGAUUGUGAUCAAGACCUGUGGGACUACCAUGCUCCUGCUCACCAUUCCAAGGAUUCUUGAGCUUGCUGAAGAGCUGUGCAUGCCGCUUGCUGCUGUGAAGUACUCUCGAGGGAUGUUCAUCUUCCCUGGCGCACAGCCAGCUCCCCACAGGAGCUUCUCUGAGGAGGUUGAUGUCCUUAACCGCUACUUUGGUGGCCUGAAAUCUGGUGGCAAUGCUUAUGUGAUUGGAGAUCCAGCCAAGCCAGGCCAGAAGUGGCACAUCUAUUAUGCCACUGAGCAACCUGAGAAACCUAUGGUCACACUGGAGAUGUGCAUGACUGGGCUGGACAAGAAGAAAGCCUCUGUCUUCUUCAAGACUUCUGCUGAUGGACACAUCUCAUGUGCUAAGGAGAUGACAAAGGUCUCUGGUAUCUCUGAAAUCAUCCCGGAGAUGGAGGUCUGUGACUUCGACUUUGAGCCCUGCGGCUACUCCAUGAACGCCAUCCAUGGAUCUGCGUUCUCUACAAUCCAUGUGACCCCUGAGGACGGCUUCAGCUAUGCCAGCUACGAAGUCAUGGGCAUCGACGCUUCUGCCCUUGCCUAUGGCGACCUUGUCAAGAGGGUCCUCAGGUGCUUUGGCCCAUCAGAGUUCUCUGUUGCUGUCACCAUCUUUGGUGGACGUGGCCAUGCUGCUACAUGGGGGAAGAAGCUCACUGCCGAGGCUUAUGACUGCAACAAUACGGUUGAGCAAGAGCUCCCGUGUGGCGGUGUUCUCAUUUACCAGAGCUUUGCUGUGAACGAAGAAGUUGCUGUCUCUGCCGGGUCGCCGAGAUCGGUGUUCCACUGCUUCGAUGGCGAGAACGUGGAGAACCAUGCUCUUGUGAAGGACGGCAAGCUUGCUAAUCUGCUCCAAUGGCGAGAGGACGCUCUGGAGGAGGAUGGCGUGCUGUACGAGUGAUCUGAUGUCUGCUGUUUCGUCCCCGUGCAAUUUGUUUUGACUUAUUUCCCUUCGGUUAUUCUGUGAAGCAGCCAGCCAGGCUAUUGUUGCUCUGAAUAAGUCUAAUAGCUCUAGGUGGUCAGCUGCGUCUACCACAAUGAGCAUAUGUCUGAAGAAAAGUUGUCAAAAACCGCAAUAAAUAAGCAUUAUUGUCCUUCUGAAUUC